AUGGUUGAAGAUUCAAGAGUGCGGGAUGCUAUCAAGUCAGGCGAGCAAAAAGCCUUACCCGCUUCACUCGUUCCCGAGGCGCCUGCAGUAUUAUCAUCGAAAGACAAGACAACCCAAAGACUUAUCAUUGUUCUUUCAAUGGCAUCAUUGGAAACACACAAAAUAUCAUCAUCGGGCCCGGGUGGAGAUAAAUAUGUCUUAUUAAAUUGUGAUGAUCAUCAAGGCCUUUUGAAGAAAAUGGGUAGGGAUAUCAGCGAAGCUAGACCCGAUAUUACCCACCAGUGUCUAUUAACGCUGCUGGAUUCUCCCAUCAACAAAGCGGGAAAGCUGCAGGUGUACAUUCAAACAAGUCGAGGUGUUUUGAUUGAAGUCAACCCAACUGUUCGUAUCCCAAGAACUUUUAAAAGAUUUUCAGGGCUCAUGGUCCAAUUAUUACACAAACUUUCCAUUAGGUCAGUGAAUUCUGAAGAAAAACUACUCAAAGUCAUAAAAAAUCCCAUUACAGAUCAUUUACCAACAAAAUGUCGCAAAAUUACGCUGUCCUUUGAUGCUGAAGUGAUCCGUGUUCAGAAUUAUGUUGAAAAAAUUGAUAAGGACGAGAGUAUAUGUGUUUUUGUUGGUGCAAUGGCUAGAGGUAAAGAUAAUUUCGCGGAUGAGUACGUGGACGAGAAGGUUGGCCUCUCGAACUACCCAUUAUCUGCAUCAGUAGCAUGCUCAAAGUUCUGUCAUGGUGCUGAAGACGCUUGGGGAAUUAUAUAA